AUGAAAACAAUAAAUUAUAAUAAUAAAAAUAAUAGUUUAAAUUUUAAAAAAAAUAAUAAUAAUACUAAUAAAAAUGUUAAUACCUUUAUUAAAACUUUGCCAAUAUAUCUACAAAAAAAUAUAAUUAAAUUGUUUUUAAAAGACUUUUUAUACUAUAUUAAAAACAAAUCAAACAUUAAAUAUUUUUUCAAUUUUUUUCAAGAACUAUUUAAUCUUUCCAGGGUAUCCAAAGAAUGGUUUUAUACAAUACAGAAAAAUAUAAAUGUAAUUGCCUUGGUUGAAUAUCAGAAUUUAAGUACACUAAAUGAUAAUUUUAAAUCAAAUCAACCCUAUUCAAUAAUAAAAAAGGAAAAUAUCGAAUUAAUAAUUUUUAAAGAGAAUUAUUCAUCGCUUAUCAAAAAAGCAUACACUCCAAUAUUUUUAUUUAAUCAAAUUCUGGAUAAAAAUCAAAACUAUCAAAAUUUAAAAAAGAUUAGAAUUAUUUCCAAUGAAUUUGAUAUCUAUAAAUGGAAUAAUAAUGCAUGUAAUAAUAGUGGAAAUGGUACAAUCAAAAUGGAAUACUAUGGCGAAAUCAACACGUCACCUUUUAUUAACAACAGCCGAUUCAAUAGAUGGAAAUCGAUCAAAACCACAAACCAAUUAAAUUUAAAAGAAGUUUCAAAGAUACUAAAGUCAUUCCCAAUCUUAGAAAGGUUAUCAAUAAAAAUAUGUUACUAUCAUUUUGCAUUUAAUUUAGGUCGUCAACAUAUAAAAAAGCUACAUGGAUUUAAAGAGGAUGAUAUCGAAGCAUGUGGUUGCAAAAUGGAUACUAAUGUUGAUCAUUAUAUAAAUAAAAUAUUCAAACAGAUUAUCUUAAAACAACAAGGUUUACCAUAUAAAGAAGAAAAAGAUAAAAAACAACAGCAACAACCAUCAAAAAUUAAACCAUUGAAAUAUUUAAAAAUUCAAAACUGUUGCUUGUAUUAUUCAAAUGGUGGUAAUAGACCAUAUGAAUUGGAUUUCCAAAAAGACCUCAAAGCAAAAUUAAACUCAAUGUUUAAUGAAAUUAAUAAAUAUACAUUAGCAAACAAUAAUAAUAUUAAUUUUAAAAUAGAUUUAUUAAAUAACUAA